AUGGUGAUCCUAGGAAUCAUCUGUGAGAGGCUUUUCUACCUCCUGGAUGGGCUUCUGGAGGCCCUGGGAGCAGAACGUGGCACUGUGCACUGGGGUGGGAUGCCAGCACCCGUGUGUCUUCUUGUGAGACCUGCAGUGGAAGUCCCAAGCCUCGAAGUCCCCCCAAAGUUGACCUGUGGAGGCACCACGCUGCUCCCUGCCCCCCUCUUUAGGAUGGCAUGGGCACUUACUAACGGGCGAUGUGAGCACAUGGAGACCAUUCUGGUGGAGGAGGAAGUGACCCCACGUCAGGAGGACCUGGUGCCUUGCACCAGCCUCUAUCAUCACCGGCGCCUGGGCUGGCGGCUGGACCUGUCCGGGAGUGGACGUGCAGGGCUCUGUCCCAUCUACAAGCCCCGGGAAACACGACCUGUUGCAUGGAACAGGACAGUGAGGGCCUGCUGCCCAGGCUGGGGAGGCACCCACCGCACCCUGGCCCUUGCAGAAGCCAGCCCCAAGGGCGACUGCGUUGCCACGGAGUGCCAGCCUUGGGCAGGCUCAGCUCAUGCAUCUGCAGGAAGCCUGGGGGAAUGCUGUGCCCAGCCUUGGGGACCCAGCUGGUGGGAUGAACGCUCCCAGGCCUGCCUCAGCUGCUCCAGCCUACGGCUUCCAGGCAGCACCCAGUCUCCAGCCCUGCUGCAGCCCCUGGCAGGGGCCGUGGCCCAACUCUGGAGCCGGAGCCAGCGUUCCUCGGCCACCUGUGCCACCUGGUCGGGCUUCCACUACCGCACCUUUGACAAGCGCCACUACCACUUCCUGGGCCACUGCACUUACCUGCUGGCAGGUGCUGCUGACUCCACUUGGGCUGUCCACAUCAGGCCCAGGGGCCAUUGUCCCCAGCCUGGGCACUGUCAGCAGGUCCGGGUGAUGAUGGGACCAGAGGAAGUGCUGAUUCAGGGUGGAAAUGUUUCUGUGAAUGGGCAGCUGGUGCCUGAUGGGGAGUCUCAGCUGCUCUCCGUGUGUGCUGUCAGGGGCCUGGGGGUCGUUGUGCGGCUGGAUAGGUCCAGUUCGAUCUCCGUUUCUGUGGACCACGAGCCGGGACAGACUCAAGGCCUCUGUGGGCUCUACAAUGGUCGGCGUGAAGAUGACUUCUUGGAGCCAGGAGGGGGGCUGGCAUUAGCUGCCACCUUUGGGAAUUCCUGGAAGCUGCCUGACUCAGAGGCUGGGUGUCUGGAUGCGGUGGAGGCAGCACAGGGCGGCGAGGAGCCUCUGAGGGGCACCGAGGUGGGCACGGAGGCUGGCCAGUUGCGGGCCAAAACCCAAGAUGUAUGCCACCAACUGCUGGAUGGUCCAUUCAGAGAAUGCCAUGUCCAGGUUCCCUCUGCUGAGUACCAUGAGGCCUGCCUCUUUGCCUACUGUGCUGGGGCCCCAGCAGGCAGUGGGAGAGAGGGCCGCAGGGAGGCUGUGUGUGCCACCUUGGCCAACUAUGCCCAGGACUGUGCCAAGCGUCACAUCCACGUGCUCUGGAGGAAGCCCGGCUUCUGUGAGCGCCUGUGCCCCGGAGACCAACUGUACUCCGACUGCGCCUCGGCCUGCCCGCCCAGCUGCCCCACGGUGGGCGAGGGCGGGGAGGGGUCUUGCGGAGAAUGCUUGAGCGGCUGCGAGUGCCCGCCCGGCCUCUUCUGGGACGGCGCCCUCUGGCCUGCCUCCCAAUGUCCCUUCUAUUACCGACGCCAGCGCUACGCCCCCGGCGACACCGUGCGCCAGCUGUGCAACCCGUGCUGGCGUGUGCCAGGCCGCUGGCUCUCCGCGCGGGCUCCGUGCCCUUCCGAGUGCGCGGUGGGCGGGGACGGGCACUACCACACCUUUGAUGGGCGGAGCUUCUUUCUCAGGUGUGCCCCUCCCCCCAUUCCUCACCGUCUGCCCCAGGACUUGGCCAAGGGGUAGCUGUUGAUCGUGCUGGAGCAUGGAGCCUGCGACUCUGGGGGCUGCCUCCACGCCAUCUCUGUCUCCCAGGGGGAUGCCCACAUCCAGCUCAGGGACUCAGCUGGUGGGCUUCCCCUCAUGUUCACAUCUGAGUGCCACAGGCUGGUGGAUGGGGAGCCCUUCCACCUGCACUGCUUGGCAGCCGUGUGUGGCUGUGCCCCUGGCAGGGACUGCCUGUGCCCAGUGCUUGCUGCCUAUGCUCGCCGCUGUGUCCAGGAGGAUGCCCCAUCUCCCUGGAGCAUUUGUCGACCACUGCCCUGGAGGAACCAGACCCUCUGCCCUGUCUUGUGUCCUGGGGGCCAGGAGUACCAGGAUUGUGCCCCAGUGUGCGGUCAGAAAUGUGGGGAGCCAGAGGACUGUGGGGAGCUGGGUGGCUGUGUGGCUGGCUGUAACUGCCCCUUGGGGCUGCUGUGGGACCCUGAGGGCCAGUGUGUGCCCCCAAGCUUGUGCCCCUGCCAGCUUGAAGCCCGUCGUUAUGCCCUUGGCAGUGCCACCAUGAAGGACUGCAGCCGCUGUGUGUGCCAGGACAGGGGCCUCUGGAACUGCAGUGAUCGCCGCUGCACCCCUCAGCGGGCAUUCUGUCCCCAUGAGCUUGUCUAUGCCCCUGGUGCCUGCCUCCUCACCUGUGACAGCCCCAGUGCCAACCACUGCCCCCCAGGCAGCACAGGGGACUGUGUCUGUCCCCCAGGCACCGUGUUGCUGGAUGAGCGCUGUGUGCCUCCUGAGCUCUGUCCCUGCCGCCACGGUGGCAGGUGGUAUCCACCCAAUGCCACCAUCCAGGAGGACUGCAACAUUUGCGUGUGUCAGGGCAGGCAGUGGCACUGCAUGGGCCAGCGGUGCGGUGGACGGUGCCAGGCAUCGGGUGCCCCCCAUUAUGUGACAUUCGAUGGGCUAGCCCUCACCUUCCCUGGGGCCUGCGAAUACCUGCUGGUGCGAGAGGCCAGUGGCCAGUUCACAGUCUCGGCCAAGAACCUGCCCUGCGGGACCAGCCGCCUCACCUGCACCAAGGCACUGACCGUGCGGCUGCAGAGCACCGUUGUCCACAUGCUCAGAGGCCGGGCAGUGACAGUGAACGGGGUGAGUGUAACAUCCCCUAAGGUCUACACAGGCCCUGGGCUGAGCCUUGGCCGGGCUGGCCUCUUCCUGCUUCUCACCACCCGCCUGGGCCUCUCCCUGCUCGGGGAUGGAGCGCGCUCCCGCUGCGGGGUGCUGCUGCAGCCACUCUUUGCCCGGGGCCACGCGGAGGUACCCCCACAGCACCACUACGGGUGGUGCGUUUAUGAUGCCUGCAGCUGUGAUUCAGGAGGCGACUGUGAGUGUCUGUGCUCCCGACACGGGUUCCACGUGCGCUGGCGCAGCCAGGAGCUCUGCCACGAGUCUCUGCAAUGUGAAGGAGGCCAGGAGUAUGAGGCCUGUGGCCCCACGUGUCCCCCCACCUGCCAUGACCAUGGUCCUGAAGGGUGGCAUUGCCAGGCUGUCACCUGUGUGGAGGGCUGCUUCUGCCCUGAGGGGACUCUGCUGCAUGGAGACAUCUGCGUGGAGCUGGCUUUCUGUCCCUGUGAGUGGGGGGGUGGGGGCAGCUUCUUCCCACCAGGAACGGUGCUGCAGAAGGCCUGUGGGAACUGCACGUGCCAGGGAAGUCGGUGGCUUUGUGGGGGUGGCAGUACCCGCUGCGAGGAGCUUGUGCCUGGCUGUGCAGAGGGAGAGGCCCUGUGCCAUGAGAGUGGGCACUGUGUACCCACGAGUGGCUUUUGUGACAACCAGGACGACUGUGGCGAUGGCUCAGAUGAGAGGUCCCUCCGCUGGCUCAUGGGAGACGGCACCAGCUCCCCGGGCCAGCACCAGCCCUGCGCCCCCUGCCGACCCGUGGAAUUCCCGUGCGGCAGCGGCGAGAGCACCCCGCGGGGCUGGCGCUGCGACCCCGAGGAGGACUGAGCGGACGGUAGCGAGGAGCGCGGCUGGGGGCCCUGUGCGCGCCACCACGUGGCCUGUGCCCGCGGCCCACACUGCGUGGCCCCCGCGCAGCGGUGCGACGGCGUGCCCCUCUGCCCCGACGGCUCGGCCGAGGGCCCAGACGCCUGCGAGGGGCUGCCCGUCCCGGGAGGCCCCAGCAGGACAGGAGUUCCCUGCCUGGAAUACUCCUGCCUAGACGGCCUCUGCAUCAGUUUCCAGCUGGUGUGCGAUGGGAAGCCUGAUUGUGAAAUGGCAGGAGAGGCAGAGCUCUCCCCAGAAGAGCAGGGUUGUGGGGCCUGGGGACCCUGGAGCCCGUGGGGGUCCUGCAGCCACACGUGUGGGCCUGGGGUGCAGGGCCGGAGCCGCCACUGUUCCCCGCCCAGGCUCCCGGUGCUGCAGCUCUGCCCCGGCCCCGAGCACCAGACUCAGGCCUGCUUCACGGCUGCCUGCCCAGUGGACGGUGUGUGGACCUCUUGGUCUCCCUGGUCCCUGUGCUCUGAGCCAUGCAGGGGCACCAUGAUCCGGCAGCGACAGUGCCACCCACCCCAGAAUGGGAGCCAGGCCUGCGUCAUGCUGCCUGGGGGCCCUCACAGCACCCGCCAGUGGAAGCCCUGCCCUCAGGAUGGCUGCCCCAAUGCCACCUGCUCUGGGAAGCUAGUGUUCUGGCCCUGUGCCCCCUGCCCUCUGACCUGUGAUGACAUUUCUGAUCAGACGGUGUGCCCUGCUGACCGGCCCUGCAGCGGCCCAGGCUGCUGGUGCCCCAAAGGACAAGUGCUGGGCAGUGAGGGGCAGUGUGUGUGGCCCUGGCAGUGCCCCUGCCUGUUGGAUGGUGCCCGCUACUGGCCUGGGCAGCACAUCAAGGCUGACUGCCAGCUCUGCAUCUGCCAAGACGGGCAGCCCCGGAGCUGCCGGCCCAACCCCGACUGUGCCCUGAACUGUGGCUGGUCACCCUGGCCCCCCUGGGCUGAAUGCCUGGGGCCCUGUGGGGGCCACAGCAUUCAGUGGUCCUUCCGGAGCCCCAGCAGCCCCCACCUCUCCGGCCCUGUGUGCCCAGUGCCAAGCACCUGGGGUCUGUGGCCCCCCUGGUCCACCUGCUCAGCCCCCCGUGAUGGAGGCAUCCAGACACGUGGGCGCAGCUGCUCUGGCUGGGCAGCUGGCUCGGCUGCCCGGGACGCCGAGUGCCAGGGACCCCACAGCCAGACCAGGGCCUGCAACACGCAGCCGUGCACGGUGCCCAGGGACAUGGUGUUCCGCUCAGCCGAGCAAUGUCGCCAAGAGGGGGGUCCGAGCUCUCGGCUGUGCCUUGGCGCAGGCCCAGGGGUGGAAUGUAUCAGCUUCUGUGCCCCUGGCUGCACCUGCCCCCCUGGCCUCUUCCUGCACAACGCCAGCUGCCUACCCCGCACUCGGUGCCCCUGCCAGAUGCACAGGUGUGUCUACGAACCGGGAGCAGUGGCUCACCUCAACUCCUGUAACAACUGCACCUGUGACUCUGGCGAGAUGGCAUGCACCUCCAAGCCCUGCCCAGUGGCCUGUGGCUGGAGCCCCUGGACCCCGUGGAGUCUCUGCAGCUGCAGCUGCAACGUAGGGAUCCGGUGGCGUUUCCGGGCAGGCACUGCGCCCCCAGCAGCCUUUGUGGGUGCUGCAUGCCAGGGCCCCAAUAUAGAGGCUGAAUUCUGUAGCCGGCGGCCAUGUCAAGGUCCCAGUGGGGAGUGGGGCCCCUGGUCUCUGUGCUCCGUGCCCUGUGGUGGUGGCUUCCGAAACUGCACCCGAGGCACUGGCCCGAACAGCCCUGUGGACUUCUCCACCUGUGGCCUGCAGCCCUGUGCAGGCCCAAUGCCUGGUGUGUGUCCCAGCGACAAGCAGUGGCUGGACUGUGCCCAGGGCCCUGCCUCCUGUGCAGAGCUCCUUGGGGACUGGGAAGACAGGCGGGGCCUGGGCAGAGUCAGAGCCAAGGGUAUGGGGCUAGAGACAGGGAGACCCUGA